GCCCUGUAAUUUCGUUCCCUGAAAACACAUAGUACGAUCCAUAACGGAGCCGAGUCAUGGGGGUCAUGUCUUCAGCAGCCGUGCUGAUUGCCCUCCUGUUUCUCCAACUCUCCCCGACUGGAAGCACCCUCCUCAACAUCCACAACAACAAAUAUGACAACCUCGUUGUAGCCAUUCACGACAGCGUGCCAGAGAACCUCACCCUCAUCUCCGAGAUGAAGAGCAUUAUCAGCGAUGCGUCCACCGCGCUGUACAAGGCAACUAGGAAGCGCUCCUACAUAGGUAGUGUCACGUUCCUUAUCCCGGGCACGUGGUCUAAACAGCCAGCUUGGGCCAAUGCGAAGGAUGAGACAUUUGAAGAGGCAGAUAUCCGAAUCGACCAGGCGUCCCCAGUGUAUGGCAACAACCCCUACACGGAGCAGCCCGCUGGGUGUGGCGACCCCGGGGAGUACAUCCACCUCACCCCGGAGUAUAUCCUCAACCCUCACUACAGGCUCACCAACUGGGGCGAGGGAGGUCGGACGCUCGUCCACGAAUUCGCGCAUCUCCGUUACGGAGUGUUUGAUGAAUAUGGACUGAACACCGCGGAAUUCCCCAACUUCUACUUGGAUGACGACACCUUGAUGCCAACUGGGUGUACAUACUCUAUCAAAGGUCAUCCUCAAGGGAACUGCACCGUCGAUCCGGCGACACACCUGCCGGGGAGCGACUGCUACUUCCUGACGGACAUAGACGGGAACACCGCCAGGGCGUCCAUCAUGAAUGACCUCUUUGUCAAAUCGGUAACUACAUUUUGUGAGAGUAAUUCCAAUGACCCGGAUUACCUCCACAACGACCUGUCCCCGAACCAGCAUAACAAGAUGUGUGAGGGGAGGGGCACCUGGGACAUCAUCUUGGAGAACCCAGACUUCGUGGGAGGAGCCAACCCUCCCGUCAACAGGACAGAGGCGGAAAUAAGACCUACAUUCAAUGUCCUGUUCAACGAUAAGACCACCACACACAUCGGAGGGGAGGUCUGUGGGAGACCCGUUGUCCUGGUCCUGGAUCUUUCCGGCUCAAUGGUAUCGAACAACCGCUACUUCAAACAAAGUCAGACAGCAGACAAACUCAUCAGAGACAUCCUCCCCGUGGGAACAAAGGUCGGCGUGGUAACGUUUUCUUCCAUUGUGCCUACAAGAAUACCGCUGACGUCGUUGUCGGCAACUUCUGAAAGAGACAGGGUGUCCCAGCUGCUGCCGAAACUGCAGGACUACCGGGGUGGUACUGGGAUUGGAAGAGGACUCCUUCGUGCUAAACAGAUGCUGCAGGAAGCAGGUGUGUCAAAGGAAGGCAGGAUAGUGCUGAUCACAGAUGGAGAGGAGAAUGUUCUCCCUUAUGUAGCUGAUGUGAAAGGAGAACUGAUCCAAGCAGGAGUCCGGGUACAUGCAGUGGCAUACAGUAGUGCAGCUGCCCUGGCUAUAGGGAAAUUAGCUGAUGAAACAGGUGGUCAGUACGCCUACUACUCUGAGGACGCCACCUCCACCGUCCUGGACAGCGUCAUCGAGACGUUGAUGAAAGACAUAUCUAUCUGUACCCACAGGGUCCGUAUUGAGAUAAUGAGAGUAGCUAAGCCUUUAAUUCCAACGACACCCGUUGAAGGCGUCAUCACCAUGGACGCUACAGUUGGGAGUGACACAAUGUUCGUCUUUACACUCACGCAUGGAGCAUCAGUGACGGUAACCCUGACGUCCCCUACUGGCACCAAGUAUACCUCAGCUAGUCCUGAAUAUUCCCUCGACAGCAAACUCAACAUUGUCAGAUUCAACUUCCAGAAAGCGCAAACAGGAGUAUGGCACUAUUCGUUGUUGAGCCCGACGCCUGGCAUAGUGACACUUGUGGUGAAGGCACUACCUGGGGAUCACACACAACCCUAUGAGAUCACUUCCUGGCUGUCCUCCACGGGCGCCGAUCUCUCCGGACCUAACCCCACUAAACUUGUCGUCUACGUCAGUGUACGAAAAGGAUACUCCCCCGUCGUUGAUGCUGACGUAACAGUGACGGUGGAACGACCUUCUGGGCCUCCCGUGACGUUAAAGCCUAUGGACAAGGGGACGUUGCCGGACAACAAGGCUGAUGACGGGGUGUAUUCUGUGUACUUCACCCUGUUCACUGGCAACGAGAGGUACUCCCUGGAUGUGGACGUGAGAACUAUCGCCCACAAAACACGCUACUUCCUUCAGGGGGGUCCUGCCUUCGGGAGGGCCAACUCCAGAUACCCCAAUACCACAGCAACUGUAAAAACUGUGGAGGCCGGCAACUUCACACGCACCACGUCUCCUGGUGCCAUGGACGUUACUGGCUCUGUACCUGGAAAAGACGUGUAUCCCCCUGUUAGAGUCACCGAUUUCAAGGUCGUCGCUUUCAAUGCAAAUAUUGGAACAGUGACCUUGACCUGGACUGCCCCCGGGGACGAUCUCGACGUUGGCACUGCUUCCAGAUACGAAAUACGAAUCGCAGAAACUGCUAAAGAACUGAGCACAAAAUUCUCGUCGUGCCAAAAGGUGACACAACCUAUGAUAUCCGGACUUAUGGCGCCUAAACCGGCCAACAGCAGAGAGGAGAUGACGAUCAAGACCCCAGUGGGUUGGACGACCGUCUGUUUUGCCCUGGUGACCUUUGAUGAAGUCAAUCACGCAUCUGAUAAAUCCAACAUAGCUGUGGCAACUUUCAAACAAGUAACGAUGAAUGACCUAAAAACUGCCGAAACCACACGUCCAACACGCCCACUGACUGGACAGUCGGUGACGCCACGACCUAUGACAACGAAGGGCGGCACGUUAGGCGGUGUGGCUCCGGCUCCGGCUCAGGCUCAGGCUCCGGCUCCAAGCGCAAGUGUGAUCGUCGCCAUUGUGGGCGGCACGUUAGGCGGUGUUGCUAUUGCUGCUGUAGCUGCUGUUGUUAUAGCCAGGAUGUUCAUCAGCAAGAAGGUUCUCCACAUGCCGUCAGACCCGCUGGAUGCCCCAAUGACCGAGCCAGCUGUUCCUAACGAGUCGGUUUUCUUACAAAUGAAAUAUUGAAAUACUGAACGAUGAAUGCAGGGGAAAUUGACAUGUAAUCACGAUCAGUUCGUGUUUAAAACUUCGUGUUUAUCAACUGACCACAAAUGACAUUAUCUGACAAAGCUUAUACAGAGAUCAUCGCUGAACCAGAACAGAGACAGAAAAUACACUGACAGAAUGGUGUUUCUGACAGUGAAUAUAGAUUGUUGUCGUAAGUCUAGACAAGGCAUAUGAUCAAUGAGGUAUACAAAACAAAGACAUUUCUUCGUACUUCUAAUUCACAAUGAUAUGUAUAGAUGAAGUAAAAUACAUUUUCACGA